AUGAAAAUUAAGGAACUAAAGAUGAAACUUUCCAAAGUGAAAGACUUUCAUAAAAUGAGUGUUGGGCUAGAGCAAUACAUGACUCCUCCAGACAUAGCGGCAUCGAUGGUUAGCGUUGCUCACAGCACUUAUGAUGAUAUUGAAGGAAGGUCUAUCUUGGAUUUGUGCUGCGGCACAGGAAUGUUGUCCUUUGCAUGCGGGUAUUUCUCCCCCUCAUAUAUUCUUGGGAUCGAUUUAUGCCCAUCAGCUCUGGAAACGUUCAGGCUGAAUAACCUUGAAUUUGGAAUCAACAUAGACCUUGUGAGAUGCUCCAUUGACGACCUUACUUUUAUUGAAGGGAGGUUUGAUACAGCAAUAGUCAAUCCCCCAUUUGGCACAAAAAUAAAGCAUGCAGACAUAAAAGCUGUCGACAAGGCUCUAGAGAUCUGCAAUGUGGUGUACUCUCUCCAUAAGACAAGUACUAGAAAAUAUAUAACUGCAAGAUAUCCAAAUGUAGAAGUCUUGGCAAAGAUCAAGUAUGAGCUUCCGAGGAAACAUGACUUCCAUAAAAAGGAUAAAAAGACCAUUGAUGUUGACUUCAUACGAAUCCAAAAACAUUGA